CAGAAAGACAGAGGACGCCGUUGGUUAGUGCUCCGCUGCCCCCUUCCUGUGAUUGCUUCGCCUCACCUCGCCAAACCAACGUCUCACCCGUCGGCCCUCCGCAACGCCUCCGACGGCACUCUUCCACGUCGGCUUCGUCGUCGGUGUUUGCGCAGAAUCAGUUUUGAGAAAAGAAGAUGCUGGAGAAUGAGGCAAACCCUUGUAUCAGCAAGACGACUCGUUUGCCACGGAAACGUUUUUAUCGGGCACGAGCUCACAGCAAUCCAUUGAGUGAUUCCCACUUCCCUGUGCCUAUCUCCCCUUGCCAUGUUGACUAUUCCCUUCAUUUCCCUCAACUGUUUCCAUCAUCCGAUCAAUUUGACAAUUCCAAGAAGAUCCAAUUUGCAGAUAUCGGCUGUGGUUUUGGAGGACUCCUAAUAAGUCUUUCAAUCCUAUUCCCUAACACCCUGAUGAUCGGGAUGGAGCUGAGGGACAAAGUGACGGAGUAUGUCAAGGAACGGGUUUUAGCUUUGAGGGUAGCACAUCCUGGUCAGUACCAGAAUGUAUCAGUGGUUAGAACUAAUUCCAUGAAAUACAUUCCGAAUUACUUUGAGAAGGGACAGUUAUCGAAGAUGUUUUUCCUGUUCCCUGAUCCUCACUUUAAAGAGAAGAAUCAUCGGCGUCGUGUGAUCAGCCCACACUUGCUAGAUGAAUAUGCUUAUGUUCUUGGAGUUGGCGGGAUUAUAUAUACGAUUACGGAUGUGGAAGAACUUGGGGAGUGGAUGAAGGCUUGUUUGGAGGGGCACCCUAUGUUUGAAGCUCUUCUAGAUGAAGAACUUGAAGCUGAUCCAGUUGUGAAGCUCUUGAGUGGUGCCACUGAGGAAGGACAGAAGGUUGCGCGGAAUGGGGGACAAACUUUCCAAGCAGUUUUUAGACGCAUCGUGCUGUCUGUUUGAUCUGAGUAGCGACAAACAAAAUAAAAACAUACAGAAUCUUCGUCUAGAAUGAUGUAGCAGCUUUAGGUUCUCUCAUUUUAAAAUCGAAAAAGCCCAUCAGAAUAGCUUCUAUUUCUAAGAAUGCCCUUGCCACAGCAUUUUUUAGAUUAAUUUUGUAUGACAGUUUUGUUUGUAGAUCAUUUUCCCUUUGAUUUUGAUAUAUAAAAGUUGGGAACUAUUAUGUACAUGCUCUUCAAUUUUGUACAGUUCAAGCCAAUUUUGUAGUA